AUGUUUUCUCCCGAAGCCGCCGGACAUACCCACUUGCUGCGGUCCAAGAGGACUCGUCAGGCUGCUGGUACCGAAGAUUCUAUCAAACUGCCCCAAGCAAAACGAAAACGAUCAGCACUUCGACGCGACACAUUUGAACCUUUAGCUGAUGCUAGUAUCAACGAGCUUGCUGGGCAAGCAAAGUCGACGGCAAAGCCUAACGGCCACGCCGACACCUCCACAUCGAAACCUGUUGCUCUUCAACCAAAAGAGUUGUCGUACAGAGGACCAAAGAAUGAGAGAAGGGCAGAUCGGGAACGAGCGACGACGACCCUGACCAACAACGAUUUCUACACCGUCUCUGAACUACCGUCGCUCCCUCAGCAGGUUCGUGAGCUCGAUAAACACAACAAAUCCUACACAUGUACCUUCUCCAUCGAACAUGGCUACGCCAUUGUCGUCUCCCACAAUGAAGCCAUCAUUUGGCCGUACCACUCUAGCGCGGCCAUUCCUUCAUCACGAGAUGUCAUUGCCGUUCCCCUGUCGUUUCUGCAGACUUCUGAAUCCGAUCCUCUACCUCUGGCGGCCUUCACUGCCCGCUCCGCGACUGGCGAGCCGGGCCUUCUGGUUGUCUCUGCAAGAUGGGGGACCGUUAUCUAUUGGGAUACUCUCACCAGUGCCUCAACUGUCAUGCCAACGCGGACCUCAGGAGGCGUACAAGGAUCAAUUCCAAGCUUGGGCGGAGAGACCAUUCACGACUUGGUCAGUGCCGAGCCAUCUGGCUUCAUAAUCUCCUUCAGCCACGGCCGGCUGGCUCACAUCUCGCUGCGCGAUCAGCUCGGAAGACCUGCCAUCGGUGUGCAGUUCCUGCGCAAGCCCCCAAGCAGUAGUCUUCUUGGUGGUAUUGGCGGCAGUGUGCGAAAUCUUGUCGGAUGGGACCGCAGGAAGGGCAUACCCAUUGUCAAGGCCGGUGCUGCCACCAAAGGCCAGCGAGACAUCGCUGUCAUGACAGAGAAUGCCGAAUUCGAAGCUUGGGACACGAACUUAGGAGUCGGACACACCUUGACGUUGCAUCAGAACUUUCUGGAGGAUAUCAAAGAUGCCAUGAAACCAUACCUUCCGCCCGAGAAGGCCAUCUCGCAAUACGACGUCAAGGUUCUCGAUUUUGAGUUGGCUCGCCCAAGUCAGGAAAUUGCUCGAGGUGAUGAGCCGUCGACUGUGCCACUGCUUGCGCUGGUCUCACUCUCGGCACCCAGUGGUACGCAGUUCUACAUCGUUGAACUGGUCGUCGGCGCGCAGGAAAACCUCAUCAGAGUCGUUCAUCCUAUCUCGUGCUAUUCUACUAAGCUACCAAAGACGGAAGACUGGCGUCCACGCCUCUUGGUGGUCAAGACGACCGCUUUCGCCAUUUUCGAAACGGUAGUGGUCCUGUUCUCGCUGUCCAAGAUUCAUGAAUCGCCAUCUUCCCAACUGUUGAUGGAACGGCAUGCCUUACCUGCGCCUUUUCAAGAUGCCAUUCGUCUCGACGGAGAAAAGUCAUAUCGAUUCGUUGGCUUCUCUGCCGAAGAAGAGGGCACCGACGCCUCAUGCCUGCUGGCUGUGUCCAAAAAGGGACUCCUCCGAAUUCAAUCACACAAGAAUGAAGCUGAGAUUGACGUUGACGACUAUGCAAGCAAGAUUAGUGCGAGAACUCGUAUCGAGCAAGCUAUCCGCUAUGGCACCGAGAAGGAAAACCCGCUAGAUCUCAAUAGCCCCUCAUCACAUUCCUUCACUCAAGGUGAGGUAGAGGUAGCGGCCUUGGAGAUCAGUGACGACAUCGUCAGAUCUAAGUGGAAGUACCUACCUCCCAGUGGUCCGUCAAUCAGCAAGCAUUUGAGUGAUCGAGCGAAAGCACUCAAUAGCCUAAUCCACCAUGUCAUGAAGUACUAUCGGAACAAACUUUCGGGCGGCGUCCGGGACAAUCUGAUGUGGGACGCGGAAAAGAUCGCGGCGGCUCAGGCAAUCUGGAAAACACAAGAAAUCAUCUGGCGCAGAUACCCUCAAGAGGACCGCGAGAUGCCCCACGUCGAGUUCUCUCUGCGAGCUCUCCACGAAUCGCGACAAGAGUACCCGAGCGAGGAGAAGGGUCAGGUUGACGCUGUAAGGCACUGGAUGCUCAACAGUGUUUACAAGUGUGACAAUCUACUGGUUGAAAUCGUCGACUGUAUCAAUGAGCUGCCAGACUUCGAUAUCACCGACCCUCGCAUCUUUGGCGAGUUCUUGCUUGAAACAGUCGACAUCUGGUGUGCUGCGUACUCGGCAGUCUUCAAGUUUCGCCAGGACAACGCUAGUCAGUACGGUUUUGGCGACAAGGCUAUCAAGGAUGGUCUCUUCCUGGAAAGCUAUCAUCUGGACUCUGGUCGGCCCUGGACUUCCAAUGUCCAACCCAAUCAUUAUGCCUGGCAAUUACUCGACCACGUCUGCAAUUACCUGGGCGAAUGGUAUGACUAUGAGGCUGGAUCCGCCAAGUCAGCAAAGAAGAAGAUGCCGGUCAGUAGUGAUGGCAAGGUACACGACCCUCCACCUCGUACGCUGAUUAAUGAACUGGUCGCAAAGUUGCCCAAGCAGUGCGACAUUUUCAAUCGUGUCACUAGUGAAGAAAUAAUCUGGGCUGCUACUGAAGAAGGAGGCCGGCAUAGCGAUCGUGUGGAGAGACAGGCUGCUAUUGAUGCAAUCCUUGCAGAGACACAACCCAGGCUCUCUGAAGCCGUGCAAAGAAUCUCCGAAUUCAACAUGGAGGGAGCCAUCGACAUUGCAGAACGGCUUGCCGAUCCUCAGCUACUUGUCACGUUGACUUCGGACUACCUGAAGAGAUUAAAUCUGGAAGCUAUGGCUCACCCCGAGACGGCACAGAAGAACAAGAAGAGGAUAGACGACGUCCAAAAACAUGCUGAGACAUAUUACAGCACUUUCGGGAGUCAAUGGGCCUUCGCCAACUUCAGUCGCAAAAUCGAAAAUGGCGAGCUGGGAAGUAUACUCACAGAAGCACAAGACAAUGACGGCGAGAAACAAGAGUAUGUCACCAAAUUUCUUCACCGGGCCACCAAGCAAGGUCAGCAGAUCGGCAAACUUGCUUGGAUCAAUGAUGUUGUCGGUGAGCAGAAUUUCAGCCACGCUGAACGCGUCUUGGUGCGCGUGGCCGAUGAGGAGAUGGAUAUCUACAAUAAGAAGACUGAGCUCUCGCUCGCCAAGUUGGUCAGCCUGGCAGCCGCCGAAGAAAACAACAACGUGCGCAGCAUGCCUGUGCUCGACGGCAUUGUCACAUAUGACAACAAGCUACAGAUCGUUGAUAUUCAGCAGCAGAUCACCGAUCAUGUCAAACUCGUCAAUGGCCAUGCUAUUGAUGCAAAAGCCGCCGAAGAUAUGGCAUUCCAGACCUUCUCCACUCGCAUCGUCGCUAAGUACCCUGGCCUGAAGCGUCUACUGAAGUCUGCGAUUGCUGCACUCCUGGCGGAGCAGCCGCUGUCAGAAGAAGCUCUAGUCGACUUUCUUACACUCGCAGAUCCUGUCAAUUAUGAAGAAGAACCAGACAACGAUCCAGAGGUGUUGGGCCGAGAAUUUGCACUUGCUCUACGUGUGGUUGAUCUAAGCGAUUUACCGAACGUCCACAAAAUUGCUUUGCGUCAAAUCGUCUGGAGGCGCAUUGCCAUCCGCGAUGAUUGGACGAUUCUCAACAACUCGACCGGUAAAGGCGACGCAGAAGUCGCGGAGACUCUUCACCAGACUGCCAUUUUCCAAACACUUAUCUACCUCGGCGCCGAAGUUGCCAAUCUAUUCGGGAGCGCAGGUAUUGCGGCGGUGGCAGCGCGUCUCAAUGAGCAGAUCGUGGCACCGGAUGUGAUUCUGGCGGACAAUGCCUUCCCAAUCGUACUGCAGCGCCGUUUCGAGGGCGUGGAGAAGGACAAGGAGGCAGUGCGGAAGGAUCUGGAGAAGGAGCAGGAGAAGUUGAGGAAGUAUGUAGACACAGCCCAACUCGAGCUACACUUUAGUGGAUUAGUCAAUGAUGCGAGGGAGGAGAUCAGACAGAUGAUUGAUGCUGAGGGGGAGGCUACUGCGGAGGGACUCGAGGGAGAAGGCAAAGACUAG